AUGGCCCCGGCUGUCACCAGGCUUGUUUGUUGGUCUCUGAACUGCAAUCGGGUCUUCAAAAACAAGUCUGGCCUCACUCAGCACACACAUGCACAACACAGCACGCCACAAAACCUCAAUCACACAGCUCCGCUCGCAGGUCCUGGAUUUAUACCUCCACAGAGUUGUUCUCCCACUCCAGCAGGUGUUAUCGAUGAGAAUUUCCAUCAAGACCUGGCAGGCAACCAGGAUUUUGUACUGGAGGAAGGACUCAAAUGCAAUGCUAAUGGAGCAUUUAUUGACCAGGAUGCACCCCCGCCACCUCAUAUGGAUGCCCUCCCAACUGAUUGGACACCUUAUGACAAUUGUGCUGAAUUUGAGAUGGUGGAAUUCUUAUUUACACACAAUAAAAUGUCUGCAAAGCAGAUUGAUACACUUCUCGACUUGUGGGCCGCGACUCUCAUUAAGCACAAUGAUGCCCCCCCAUUUGCAAAUUAUAGGGACAUGUACACUACAAUCGAUGCAACACCACUCAGUGAUACCCCUUGGAAGAGCUUUACGUUGUGCUACAAUGGAGCCAAACCCGAACAAGAUGUACUGCUGUGGAUGGAUGGACAAUAUGAUGUGUGGUAUAGAGAUCCAUUGCAAAUGACGCGCAGCAUUUUGGCAAACUGUGCUUUCAAUGGAGGAAUCAAGUAUUCACCCUACCACAAUUAUACUACCAAGGACAAACAAUAUUUCAAGAAAUUUAUGUCUGGUGACUGGGUGUGGAAACAGGCACGUAUGACGGGCACAUUGCAAUGGUGUUGUGCUCAUUGGAUUUCUUGCAAUACCGAAAUACUAUCCAGAACAGAUACUUCUCUCUGGCGUCGUGCAGAACUGGUGUCCACGGACAUAGGAAGGACCUUGACAGCUCUCAACCAUGUCUCCAUCAACGAUGAGUAUGGCAUCAUUGCUGAUCUUGUUCCAUUUACAAAUGGCUUUCCUCGAGUGGACAUCCACAAGUUCCUAUCUCCAGAUAUCUUGCAUCAAAUAAUCAAGGGAACUUUCAAGGAUCAUCUGGUUGAUUGGGUGGGAGAGUAUUUACUGAUCACACAUGGUACCCGUCAUGCAGCUGAGAUAAUGGACAACAUUGACCGUAGGAUAGCAGCAGUUGCCCCAUUUGCUGGGUUGCAAUGCUUUCCUGAUGGGCAAGGUUUUCAGCAGUGGACAGGUGACGACUCAAAGGCAUUGAUGAAGGCAUGCUGUGUCUAUCUAGCUGCAAUUGAAGGUCACGUUCCUCAAGAUGUGAAUUUUGCUACACCAUGA